GGCUCCCGCCUGGAUGGGAGGAGGGAGGGAGCCCCGCUCCUGUUGUUUUCCGCGAGCCGGAGAGGGUGGCGGUCGCAGGGGGCGGGGUGCGCCCUCCCACCCCGGGCCGUGCGCUCGGAGAGAGGAUCGCGCCGGCCGCCCAGCGCAGCUCCCAGCCCCGGACAUCGGGCUCACCCCCAGCAUCUUCCCCCGGGGCCGCGGAAAGUGGAGCUACUCUGCCGUCCCGAGGACCUGAGAGGAGCACUUCGCACCGGGGGACGCACACCCAGCCCAGCCGGAGCCUUGUUUCCUGAGGGGCCCCUGCGCGCAUCUGGGGCGAGAUGGCCGCGGGCAUCCAGCCCCGGGUCCUCGUCUGCCUUGGGGCGCUGCUGGCCCGCUGGGUCGCCGCAGGGUUGGAGGCUGCUGUCAUCGGAGAAGUGCAUGAGAACAUUACUCUGCCCUGUGGCGACAUCUCGGGACCGAGGGGCCUAGUGACCUGGUACCGCAAUGACUCAGAGCCCGUCUUCCUCCUGUCCUCGAAUUCCAGCCUCCCACCAGCCGAGCCGCGCUUCUCCCUGGCGAAUGCCAGCUCCCUGCACAUUGAGGCGCUGAGCCUGCAGGAUGAGGGGAACUACACCUGCCGGGAGGUCCUGAACGAGACUCAGUGGUUCCAAGUGUGGCUGCAGGUGGCCAGCGGCCCCUAUCAGCUUGAAGUCAACAUUUCCACCACCGGCUCGCUCCCCAACGGCACCCUCUAUGCAGCCCAGGGCUCCCAGGUGGAUUUCAGCUGCAGGAGCAACUCCCGGCCUUCGCCUAUGGUGGAGUGGUGGUUCCAGGCCCCGCAUUCCAGGAACGAGCCCUUUGGAAACAACCUGACGGUCAGCUGUUUCACUCUGCUGCUGAUGUCGAGAAACCUCCAAGGGAACUACACCUGUUCGGCCAUGAACAUGCUCAGUGGGAGGCAUCGAAAGGUGACCACUGAGCUCCUUGUCUACUACCCCCCUCCAUCAGCUCCUCAGUGCUGGGCAGAGAUGUCACCAGGAUUGUUCAAGCUGCAGCUCACCUGUCGCUGGGACGGGGGAUACCCAGACCCAGACUUUCUGUGGACAGAAGAGCCAGGAGGUGUUGUCGUGGGCUCAUCAAAACUGGGAGUGGAGAUGCUGAACCAGUCCCAACUGUCGGAUGGCAAGAAGUUCAAGUGUGUUGGGAGCCACGUAGUGGGGCCAGAGUCAGGAGCCAGCUGUGUGGUACAGAUCAGGAGCCCCUCCCUUCUCUCUGAGCCCAUGAAGACUUGCUUCAUAGGGGGUAAUGUGACACUCACCUGCAAAGUGUCUGGAGCCUACCCCUCUGCCAAGAUCCUGUGGCUGAGGAACCUCACCCAGCCCGAGGAGGUCAUCCAGCCCAACAGCCACUAUCUCAUCACCCAGAAUGGCCAGAGGUCCACCCUCACCAUCCGCAACUGCUCCCAGGACCUGGAUGAGGGCUACUAUGUCUGCCGGGCUGAGAACCCCGUGGGGGUGAGGGAGGUGGACAUCUGGCUGAGCGUGAAAGAACCUUUAAAUAUUGGUGGAAUUGUGGGCACUAUCGUGAGCCUUCUUCUGCUGGGACUGGCCAUUAUCUCAGGGCUUAUGUUGUAUUACAGCCCUGUGUUCUGCUGGAAAGUAGGAAACACUUUCAGGGGGCAAGACAUGAAUGAUGUCAUGGUUUUGGUGGAUUCAGAAGAGGAAGAGGUGGAGGAGGAGGAAGAUGCUGCAGGAGUGGAGGAGGAGGACGCAAAUGAGAGGGAGGAGUUGCCAAAAGAAAUACACAAGCAUGGCCACAUUCACAGAGUGACCGCACUGGUGAAUGGGGACGUAGACCGGAUGGGCAAUGGACUCCAGGCUCUGCAAGACGACAGCAGUGAGCAGCAGAGUGACAUCGUUCAAGAACAGGACAGGCCAGUUUGAAGAAGAGAACUGUCCUUCACUAUCCUGUCUUGAGAGCUUGAAAAGCUACGCUGAAGAUGAGCUUUGCAUUCUGCUUUGACUUGACCUGCACCCCUGCCUGAGGGCUUCAAAAGGUUUGGGGGACUUGGUAAAAAGGAAAGACACACACACACUUUUCCUGACAUUUUUUUCCUAAAUUGGCUUGACGUGCUGUAAGUUUUCUCAAGGAUGUUAAAAAGCUUUGGGAACAGGCAGCGUGUCAGGGACAGCUGCAUUUGGCGUCUGAGAUGCCCCUUUCCCUGUGACUCCUGGCUUUGUCCAGGUUGACUGAUGCUGACUUGUAGGGACAGGAGUAGGGGGAGGCACUUGGCCUCAGUGCCCUUUGCCACUAUUAAAGGUCUGUAACCACCCAGCCCCAGCACACAGGGACUAGCCUGGGGUGACAAGGACACUUUUUCACUGCCCAGGUGAGCUGAGAAACCAGACAAAUGUCAGCUCCCUGGAAAAGGUGAGGAGGUGUCAGCUACUGAUGCUCAUCAGAGGGAGGCCAUUUGGUUCGGGUUUUGCAGUUGGACACUCAGUCUUGAUUCUGAGCCCUGCCCCUGACUUGUUUUGUGGGGUGGCGCAGGUUGCUUUUCCUCUCCCUUGGGCCUCAAUUUCCUCAUCUAUGAAACAGGUGAACUCACACCUACCUUCCAGGGCUGUGGUGAGGACUAAACGAGGUACUUUUGGAUGUGAAAGUGCCUAAGAGGUGCUCAAAGGAUGUUAGUUAUCUGCUCCUUUGCCUUCCCUAGUGGAAAAAAACCGUCAGCUGUAAGCUGCGAGCUGCUGCCUGGGCCUUUCAUCUUUUCUUCCUUCUUUGUAGCAUGGUUUCCACUGAGGGCAUUAGUAGAGCUCUCCUGAUGGUUUUUGCUUCCCUGGAGAUACAAUUCUUUUCCAAAGAGGUAGAGGCCCAUACGAGGAAGUGCCUUUCAUUGACACCUCACAUUUUCCAGAGUUUCAUAUUUAUACAGAAGCCUCUUGAGUGAUGCACAAUUAGCUUUCAGACUUUCCCAUUCUUCCUUUCCCCUGUGGCUUUGAAAGGAGGCAGGAGGAAUGUUUUGUAAUGGAGUAUCUUGGUGAUAAAGUACUCCUUGGGCAGACCGGCUCAUCUGGCCGGUUUCUCACUCUCGGAAAUGGGAAAACUUGUUUCCUUCCUAUUUAAGGAUAUUAGGAGGAUACACUGAUCCGUAAUACUAAGUUUCAAAAGAAAAUAACAUGUGAUGAGUUUAAGCUGCUGAUGUUUCCAAUAAAUCCCUGUACAAUUUAGAGAUUUA